AGCGGCCAGUCCGGGUGGAGAUCUCUCGUCUGAUUUCAUCUAUUUGAAUAUUACUAGCAGAUAAAGUGGGGUGGCACAUUGGAGGGGGCUGGCCCACGCUGGGGUAGUGUGUGUAUAUGUGUGUGUUUGGGUAGUUCCGAUCCGGACUUAUGUAAAUGGCCAUUGGCCAUGUCGUUUGCCCAGAGUAAUUUGAAAGUGGGAGGAGAAACUAUGAGGAACAUUUAAAAGAUUUUUUUGCUUGUUAAAUCGCUUUUGUGAGGUUAAAAAAAUGAUCAACUGCUGCUUUAACUCGCACCUCACCGAUCGUCUCCUAGGCUUUUAGUUGCGGGAUAGUGGCGACAUACGAGUUAUCAAAUUUAAAAGGGAAAAAAAAGUUGCUUUCUUUUAGAUCAUCAAGGCAGGAAUACACCAAACUGAUGAUUUUGUUAAUUUAUUUCUAAUGCCAAUACUUGCAAGCCGUUGUCAAAUUGUCAGCUGAUCCUUCCCAUAAAUUCAUCGCACGGACACACUGUAACCAGUGGAAAUAUUAUUAAUUUUAACUGGAAAGGGGCAACACAGUUUUUGAAAUGUCCAUUUAUAUUGAAGGUUUAGGCAAAGCAGGAGGGAUGUCACAGUUUCAAGAAGUAAUUCGUCAAGAGCUGGAAAACUCCAUGAAAAAUGAGUUGGAAAAAUUGCAAGCAACUGCUAGUGAGGUGGAUUUGGGGGUUGUUAAGAAGGACUUUGUGGGAUUCAAGCAACUCUUCCAUAGAUUCCUACAAGAGAAGGGUCCUUCUGUGGACUGGGUGAAGAUUAAGAGACCACCAGAAGAUUCAAUUCAGCCUUAUGAAAAGAUCAUAUCCAGGGGUCUUCCAGAUAAUAUCUCAUCGGUACUGAACAAGUUGGUUGUGGUGAAGCUCAAUGGAGGUCUUGGCACCAGCAUGGGAUGUAAAGGCCCCAAGAGCCUUAUCAGUGUCCGAAACGAGAACACUUUCCUGGACCUGACUGUCCAACAGAUUGAGCACUUAAACAAAACCUACAACACAGAUGUCCCUCUUGUAUUGAUGAACUCCUUUAAUACUGAUGAAGACACCAAGAAGAUUUUGCAAAAAUACACUCAUUGCCGUGUGAAGAUUUACACAUUUAAUCAAAGCAGAUACCCACGAAUUAACAAGGAGUCAUUGCUCCCAGUAGCAAAGGAUGUGUCCAAAAGUGGAGAAAAUGCAGAAGCCUGGUACCCUCCUGGACAUGGAGACAUCUACGGCAGCUUUUACAACUCUGGCCUGUUGAAUCAGCUGAUUGAUGAGGGGAAAGAGUAUAUUUUUGUCUCAAAUAUCGAUAAUCUUGGGGCAACUGUUGAUCUUUAUAUUCUCAACCAUCUAAUGAGCCAGCCCAAUGGGAAGCGCUGUGAGUUUGUCAUGGAGGUCACUGAUAAGACAAGGGCAGACGUGAAGGGUGGUACGCUCAUACAGUAUGAAGGAAAGCUAAGGUUGCUGGAGAUUGCACAGGUUCCAAAGGCCCAUGUGGAUGAAUUCAAGUCUGUGUCUAAAUUCAAGAUCUUCAACACAAACAAUUUGUGGAUUUCAUUGGCUGCAAUUAAGAGGUUGCAGGAACAAGGAGCCAUGGACAUGGAGAUCAUUGUUAAUCCAAAGACACUAGAUGGAGGAUUGAAUGUCAUCCAGCUAGAAACUGCUGUAGGAGCAGCCAUCAAAAGCUUUGACAAUGCACUAGGCAUUAGUGUCCCGCGAAGCCGCUUCCUGCCUGUGAAGACCACCUCGGACCUUCUGCUGGUCAUGUCCAACCUGUACAGUCUAAAUGCAGGCUCUCUGACUAUGAGUGACAAAAGGGAGUUCCCGACUGUUCCUUUAGUAAAGCUGGGUAGCUCUUUCACUAAGGUGCAGGAUUAUUUGCGACGGCUGGAGAGCAUACCUGACAUGCUUGAAUUGGACCACCUCACUGUUUCAGGGGAUGUCACUUUUGGGAAGAAUGUUGCUCUUAAGGGAACUGUCAUCAUCAUUGCCAACCAUGGUGACAGAAUCGACAUCCCAGCAGGAGCGGUGCUGGAGAACAAGAUCGUCUCUGGUAACCUUCGCAUCCUUGACCACUAAGGACCGUCUGCUGACCUGAUGAGUCUCCAGUGACCUGGUGUAGAGCAUAGCCUGGAGUUUAAAAGAAGAAAUAAAUAAAUAAAUAAACAAGGCAUUCUGUGAAUUUCAAAUCUUUACUAUUUAUAAACAAUUCAGUAUUUUAAAAUGUUGCUUCUGUAAAAUAUAUCUUGUAACAUAACAUAAGCAGUUAGAUAUUGUAUAGCAAUAACGGUGUGUGAGAUGGUUCCAGCUGUCAAGCCUGAGCCAAAGCUCAUCUCUAGCACAGUCCAAAACUGUAAUAAAAUGUGCAAUAUUUAUCGA